UGAAGAAGGCGUCUCUGACAAACCCUCGGGCUCCGGGGUGGAGACCAUGGAACCAGAGUUGGAUGAGAUUUGAAACAGGCCUUGGAUGGUACACUGUAAAUUCAGCCUAUGGAGAUACCAUCAUCAUGCCUUGUCGACUUGAUGUACCUCAGAAUCUCAUGUUUGGCAAAUGGAAAUAUGAAAAGCCCGAUGGCUCCCCAGUAUUUAUUGCCUUCAGAUCCUCUACAAAGAAAAGUGUGCAAUAUGAUGAUGUCCCAGAAUAUAAAGACAGAUUGAGUCUUUCAGAAAACUACACUCUGUCUAUCAGUAAUGCAAAGAUCAGUGAUCAAAAGAGAUUUGUGUGCAUGCUAGUAACAGAGGACAACGUGUUUGAGGCACCAACAAUAGUCAACGUGUUCAAGCAACCGUCUAAACCUGAAAUUGUAAGCAAAGCACCAUUUCUCGAAACAGAGCAGCUACAAAAGUUGGGAGACUGCAUUUCAAAAGACAGUCACCCAGUUGGCAACAUCACAUGGUACAGGAAUGGAAAACUUCUGCAGCCCCUGGAAGGAGUUGUGGUCAUAAAUUUUAAAAAGGAAAUGGAUCCAGUUACUCAAUUAUAUACCAUGACUUCAUCCUUGGAGUAUAAGACAACCAAGGCUGAUAUACAAAUGCCCUUUACCUGCUCUGUGACAUAUUAUGGACCAUCUGGCCAGAAAACACUUUAUUCAGAACAAGCAGUUUUUGAUAUUCACUAUCCUACAGAGCAAGUGACAAUACAAGUCCUACCACCAAAAAAUGCCAUCAAAGAAGGGGACAAUAUCACUCUUAAAUGCUUGGGGAAUGGUAACCCUCCUCCUAUGGAGUUUUUGUUUUACUGGCCAGGACAACCUGAAGGAAUAAGAAGCUCAAAUACUUACACACUGACAGAUGUGAGGCGCAAUGCAACAGGAGAAUACAAAUGCUCCCUGAUAGACAAGAACAUGAUUGCUUCAACAGCCAUCACAGUUCACUAUUUGGAUUUAUCCUUAAAGCCAAGUGGGGAAGUGACCAAGCAGAUUGGCGAUACCCUACCUGUGUCGUGCACAAUAUCUGCUAGUAGGAAUGCAACUGUGGUUUGGAUGAAAGACAACAUCAGGCUUCGAUCAAGCCCAUCAUUUUCUAGUCUUCAUUAUCAGGAUGCUGGAAACUACGUUUGUGAAACUGCUCUGCAAGAGGUUGAAGGACUAAAGAAAAGAGAGUCAUUAACUCUUAUUGUAGAAGGAAAACCUCAAAUCAAAAUGACAAAGAAAACUGAUCCCAGUGGACUGUCUAAAACAAUAAUCUGCCAUGUGGAAGGUUUCCCAAAGCCAGCUAUACAAUGGACAAUUACUGGCAGUGGAAGCGUCAUAAACCAAACAGAGGAAUCUCCUUACAUCAAUGGCAGGUAUUAUAGUAAAAUUAUCAUUUCCCCUGAAGAGAAUGUUACCUUAACUUGCACAGCAGAAAACCAGCUGGAGAGAACAGUAAACUCCUUGAAUGUCUCUGCUAUAAGUAUUCCAGAACACGAUGAGGCAGACGAGAUAAGUGAUGAAAACAGAGAGAAGGUGAAUGACCAGGCAAAGCUAAUUGUGGGAAUUGUUGUCGGUCUCCUCCUCGCUGCCCUUGUUGCUGGAGUUGUGUACUGGCUGUACAUGAAGAAAUCAAAGACUGCAUCAAAACAUGUAAACAAAGACCUGGGUAAUAUAGAGGAAAACAAAAAGUUAGAAGAAAACAAUCACAAAACAGAAUCCUAAGAGAGAAGCAGUUCUAGCUGUCCAGAAAAAAUAUAUAAACCAAUUGAAGCAUGAACGUGGAUUGUAUUUAAGAUAUAAACAAUGACACUGACAGCAAUUCAUGGUUCAAGUAUUAAGCAGUUCAUUCUACCAAGCUGUCACAGAAUUUUAGAGAAUUAUCUCAAGUAAAACAGUGAAAUGAAAUUUUUAAAAAAUAAGAAGUUUGGCAGCCAUGAUAAUAGGUCAUAUGUUGUGUUUGGUUUGAAUUUUUUUCUGUAAAUGUCUGCACUGAGGAUUUCUUUUUGGUUUGCCUUUUAUGUAAAUUUUUUACGUAGCUAUUUUUAUACACUGUAAGCUUUGUUCUGGGAGUUGCUGUUAAUCUGAUGUAUAAUGUAAUGUUUUGAUUUCAAUUGUUUAUAUGGAUAAUCUGAGCAGGUACAUUUCUGAUUCUGAUUGCUAUCAGUAAUGCCCCAAACUUUUUCACAAGCACCUAAAACCCAAAG